GUAAUGGAUAAUACUUGGACAAGAAGCGAUGACUCCAAAACCCAACAUGAAAAUUAGAUAAACAGGAAGCCGAACAAUACAAAUAUUUUCACUAACGUAUUUAUUUUGUAAUCUAUUGUAUUGUCUUUAUUGAGACGCUACGUAGUUUAGAAGAAAAUGGGGAGUUUCUCAACUCAUACAUUGGCUUUCCACAAAAUAUUUUGUGACCAUUAGCUUUCCAAUCAUUUAUAUUUCGUUUCUAGUCUUGGAAAGCCGAACCUUUUCAAACUAGCGACACGGAAAUCUGACGGUUGUACGAGUUCAGAUGCUUCAAACGUCAUCCGUCACGUGGUAUUGUUGCUUUGAAACGGGGUUCUAUACAAUUGUGUCGAAUCAGUAUUGCAAAACUGAUUCGUGCCAUUACUACUUUUUUGUCAACUGAGAUAUUUUAAACGAUAGUCAGCUACAGCUAGAAAAUACUACUGUCAAUAUUUCCGUAUGUAACAGAUAAGUCAGCCUGGCUGCUAAGGAGCUUACGAAAAUAGCAUGCGUGAGCUAGCAUGAUUAGCUUGUCCAAUAAUCUGCAAGCUACUGUAGCUAGCUAGCUAGUAAGUUCGAUAACAUGGUUUGCGAACUGUUUAUUGUUUACCUUGGUUAUUUGUGUUUGCACUUUGUUGAUUGGUAGCUUUAUAUAAAAAAAAAAUUGUCAGUAAACUUUCCAAUUGAAACAAUGGCGAGCGUACAUGAAAGUUUGUAUUUCAAUCCAAUGAUGACCAAUGGGGUGGUCCAUGCCAAUGUAUUUGGCAUCAAAGAUUGGGUGACUCCUUAUAAAAUCUCCGUUCUGGCUUUGCUAUACGAGAUGACUACUUCUAAACCAAUUGCUCUUCAGGAAAGAAGACGCUUGAACAAACUCAUCCUGCCUUUACAACAGGGUCCAGAUCUGACUCUUGGUCAGUUUCUGAAGACUGUGGGAGAAUGUUGCCCUCAAACAGCAUAUGCUGUCAAACUACGGUUGCAUGAAAUGGCUGAUGGAGAGCUUAAGGAUAUGGAAUAUUUCUUUGCCACCCUCCCCACUCCUUUCAGGGCUAUAGAUUCUGAGGCGUAUAAGACCAGUGUGGUUGGUCUGUUUAUGAGGCACAUGCUCCUGGCCUACAACAAGUUGUCCUUCAGCCAGGUGUACAAAUUGUAUAAAGCCCUGCAGCAGUACUACCACAGUCAAUUCGCCCAGCCCGGUGUCAGCCCGGUCGGGAUUCCUGGGCUGGCUGCAGACAACACCGACAUGGACCUCACCAGCACCGAGGACACUAUGGGAGAGAGGAUGGAGAAGGAUGAGCUGGACACAACCCCGCUGCACGAGUCCGACCUAAGAAAUGAGGACGCACCGAGUAGAGGUCCACUCUCGCAGAAACAAGCCGAGUACUUUCUCGCUAGGCAGGCGUACCUUCUGAAGAAUGACGAGAACAAAGCCUUAAAGCCAGCUGCCCUGCAGGAUGAGCUGAACAACAUGCUCAAGUUCAAUCCUGACUUCGCUGAGGCGCAUUACUUGAGCUACCUGAACAGCAUGCGAGUCCAGGACAUCUUCAUCUCCACCCACAGUUUGUUACAUUACUUUGACCGUCUCAUACUAUCAGGGAGCGAGGGCAAGAGCAAUGGGGAUGAGGGCUACGGGAGAAGUCUUCGCUACGCGGCCCUCAACCUGGCAGCGCUUCACUGUCGUUUUGGACACUAUCAACAGGCUGACCUGGCUCUACAGGAAGCUAUUCGCAUCGCCCAGGAGUCUAAUGACCACGUGUGCCUGCAGCAUUGUCUGAGUUGGCUGUACACACUGGAACAGAUGAAAGGAUCUGACAGCUCUGUGCUUACUGAAGACUCUGUGAAAAUGGCUGCUCACUUCUGUUUACCGUAUCUGGCAUCUCUGGGCAUUCAGUCCCUGGUCCAGCAGGGGGCAGUCCAGGGUAAGACAGCCCACGAGUUGAUGGACGCUAUGAAGGAAACAGAUAUUCUGCACUGGAAGCACAGCCUGUCUGAACUCAUCGACAUCAGCCUGGCUCAGACUACAUCCAUAUGGAGGAUGUAUGGGAAGAGCACCAUGGCUCAGCAACAGGCCCAGCUCCUCCUGAAUAUGAGCAGCCUGGAACAGGUCAACUUUGGAGUCCAUCAGAACAACACUGAGGCCUUUGCUGUUAUCCUCUGCCACCUGGCGGAGUUGCAUGCAGAGCAGGGCCUCUAUGGGGCUGUGUCUGAGAUCCUGAAGCAUCUGAAGGACCAGUUUCCCCCUCACACCCAACAUGCCAAGCUGUGGAUGCUCUGUGACCUCAAGAUCCAGUUUGACAGAGCUAUGAAUGAUGGGAAAUACCACUUGGCAGAGCCUCAUGUCACAGCCAUUGCUGCCCUGAACAAAACAGAGGGUCUCUACAGAAAAGCUCUGGUGCUGAAGGCCCUGAACCGGACCACAGAAGCCUACAGCAUCCUGCAGAGACUACAGCUGUACUGUGAAAAGACCAAGUACACAGAAAUGAUCAUCAGGGUCAUGCUGGCCACAGCAGAGUUGCAUUGGGAGUCGUCCGGGUUUGCCACUGCCCUUCCUCUCCUGCUUCAGGCCCUGUCAUUGGCCAGACAGCACCACCUCCAGGCCCUGGCCUCUGAGACCAUCCUACACCUGGCCUUCACUCAGCUGAUGCUGGGUGUGCCGGACCAGGCCCUGGGUGUCCUUCAUGAGGCAAUGGAGCCUGUCCUGGCCCAUGGAGCUGUCAUGGAUAAGGGCAGAGCUCUGCUGUUGGCAGCCCGCUGUCAGGUCACUAUUGCAGGGGCCCAGCCUGACUGCCAGAGGCAUGCAGCUCUGAGCCUUGCUGCGCAGACCUUGGGUGAGGCUGCGGCCUACUUCUCCAUGCUGGACUGUAAGGAGCGUCUGCGGGAUGUCCACUACUUGCAGGCACGGCUGCACCACACCCUAGGACAAACUGCGGAGCGCAACAAAUGUGCCAUGUUGUUCCGCCUUCUGGACCAGGAGCUGCCAGCGCCGGGGGCAGCGGUUGCCAUGCGACUCUGAACCUUCUUUACCAGGCGGCCCACAGACUAGAAGACAUGCUGGUUUACUCAGUCAUUGUUGUGGAGUUUACAUUCUAUGCUAUCUUUUGUUUUAAAUUGAUGCAUUACUUCUGUGAUAAAGAGUAUGGAAAGUUA